UGUCCCUUUAUCCUUUAAUCCACACCAUGGCACUCCAACACACCCUUAUAUCAGGAAUAUUGAUUUUAUUGUUAAUUAAUGCCUGUUUUUCGAUUAUUCCAGUGGAAGAAGAGGAUCCAAGAUUUUGGAACAUAAAGGGGAAGGAAGCGAUCAUCUCUGCUUUAUCUCUGAAACCGAAUGUUCAUCGAGCCAAAAAUCUAAUUCUCUUCCUCGGAGAUGGUAUGGGAAUUUCAACAGUGACGGCUGCUCGGAUUCUGAAAGGGCAGCUUGCUGGUAAAAACGGAGAGGAGACUCUGUUAACCAUGGACAGAUUUCCUCACCUGGCUUUAUCCAAGACAUAUAAUGUGGAUCAGCAGAUGCCGGACAGUGCUGGUACGGCCACAGCGUAUCUGUGUGGUGUGAAAGCAAAUUAUGGAACAUUGGGCCUCAGUGCUGCGGCUCGGCGGAGUCAAUGCAGCACCGCCAAGGGCAACGAGGUCAAAUCAGUCCUCCACCGUGCCAGAGCAGCAGGGAAGUCUGUGGGUAUUGUGACCACCACACGAGUUCAGCAUGCCUCCCCAGGGGCAAAUUAUGCCCACGUUGCUGAUCGAGACUGGUACAGUGAUGCUCAGCUGCCUGCUAGUGCUUCGACCGAAGGCUGCAAAGACAUCGCCUACCAACUCGUCCACAACACAGACAUUAACGUGAUUUUAGGUGGAGGGAGACAGUACAUGCUUCCUAAGGAGACUCAAGAUCCUGAAUAUCCUACAGUCACUGGUGACAGAACGGACAAAACCAACCUGAUCAAUGAGUGGCUCAAAAACAAAACGAAUGCCCAUUAUGUGUGGAAUAAGGCUGAGCUUAAUGCUGUGGAUGAGAGAAACACUGAUUAUUUAAUGGGUCUUUUUGAACCAAAGGACAACAGGUACGAGUUAAAAAGAAAUAAAGACACAGACCCAUCACUCACAGAGAUGAUGGAAAAGGCCAUCAAGAUCCUCAGCAAGAACCCCAAAGGAUUUUACCUCUUUGUGGAAGGUGGUAGAAUAGAUCAUGGCCACCAUGAUAGUGAAGCUAAACAUGCACUCUAUGAAGCGGUAGAGUUUGACCGUGCCAUCGCCCGAGCAGCCGAGCUGACCAGUGAACUCGACACCCUGACAGUAGUCACCGCUGAUCAUUCACACGUGUUCACUUUUGGUGGAAACUCACCCAGGGGCAAUCCAGUAAUGGGACUUUCUUCUAAAUCUGGCACUGAUAAGAAACCCUUUACCACCACUCUGUAUGGGAAUGGACCAGGAUAUAUUGCAAAUAAAACACGGCCGGAUCUCAACUACACUAUUACAAAUGAAACUGGUUAUGUCCAGCAGUCUGCUGUUCCUCUGUCAUCUGAAACUCAUGGUUCUGAAGAUGUAGCCAUUUUUGCAAAAGGCCCAAUGUCUCAUCUGUUCCAUAGUGUUCAGGAGCAGAGCUACAUUGCCCAUGCUAUGGCCUUUGCUGCCUGCAUUGAGCCCUACAGUGAUUGUUACUUACAGCCGAUUCCCGAACCAGACCCAGAUCAUGCCGCUUUCAACCAGCUCAGUGUCUGUGCCAUGCUGCUCAGCCUCUUGACUUUUUUCAUCCAUUUUCUCUAGGGGCUGCACUUUUACACUGAAUGCAUUAUUUCCCCCAAAGACUGCGUAACAUGGAGUAAUAUUUUACACAUUGUAUUAAACCAGUGUCCUGUGCAUAUAAUAAUAUAUUCAUAUGCAUAUAACGAUAAUAAUAUAAUAAAUGCUUAUGCAAUGUAAUUAUAUUACUAAUAAACCAUUAGUAUGAGCGAUAUUAGAUGUAUCUUUGUUUUUAACACAUUGUAAAGAAAGUUCAUACAUUUCUGUUUAGAAAAUUAUAGUCUGGUCCAGACAUAAUUUUUUGAAAGCUAAAAGUAAACACUCCUACACUAUGCAACAUCAAUAGUUUUUAUCUGUAAAUUAAAGCAAAUUUUAAUCUUAUACAAUUAUAACAGUUUUUUGAGAUGUCAGUAUGCUGUAUAGUCACUAACCAUAUCCUGUUUAAAUGUGUAGGAAUACCAUAAAGAAUACCAUAUAUCAAUUGUAAUAAAUAUGAUAACAUUUAUGAGGUAUAAAAUCCACUGUUUGGGACGGUCACAUAAUGCAACCGAUUUGGGAGGAUCUUCAAUAAGAAAUAAAAUUAUUUAAUGUGUUCAUUUAAGUCUAAAAAGAAUAGACAUGGUAUAGAAAACAAUGGAAAUCAAAUUAAGGACUUAAAAAAUCUGUUGUAAAUUGAAUGUCAUAAAUGGGUUUAGAAAAUAACUACCAAUGUAGGUUGAAAGUCAAACUGAACUGUAAAGAAAUGGAUAUGACCUGUCUGCAAAAAGAUUAGAAGAUUAAAAGGCUUUUAUAUUAACAAAUAAGAUUAAAAGAAAUGGCAUAGAA